AUGUCCACCCUUACAUACAUUGUUUUGGAUUUCAGGGACCUGCUCAUACGGGACCUGCUCAUGCGUCAAAGUUCCUCUCAAACAGGCUAUUCAACUCGCUGUCUGUUGUUGUUUCCUAUCGAAUCAGCAACUGACAUUCCUUCCUGCCAUACAGGUAACAAGGAACCACUAGCUUCGACACCAAGGAACCAGCCAUACAGCCAGGUCACGGUAAUGAAACUACUUCGGAACUCAGAGUUACACCACGGCGAAAUUCUGAUGACUACGAACCAGGUUGGGAAUCAGACCGCAGUUACUGGAAAGCAGACUAAGCAAUCUUACGUUGGACACCACAUGAACGAAAAAAAGGAAUAAAUCCAAUCUUAUGACGACCUUUUGUAACAGCAAUAUCACGCAGUGAACUAGCCUAUCCCUGACAGAAGUACUCUAUGUCAUGUAUAUACUUAUGUGAUCUCCCCACUUAUAUCUUGUUGUGAUGUAUCAAACU